AUACACUCAAUACAGUAUACAGAUUACAGAGCACUUGAAAGUUGUAAUGUAUUAAUUAGAAUCUAAUUAAAUUGAGUCCUACUAGCUACUAUAAUACUGUGUAUAAAAAAGUACGUUUACAAGUCAACAUAAAAUUAUUAUUUGGUUUUUUCCAAGACAUCUUAUUCGUGAUUUGUUGUAUAUUAUGAUUUCUGAUUCAGUUCAAGGAGCUGUUAAAUGGAUUACAUAUACAAAUCCAGUCGUUACUAACUCAGUACAAGGGUUUAAUUCAAUGCUAAAUUGGAUUGGAGUAACGAGUUCUAGUGAAAAACAAAAAAUUAUGAAGAUGGAGAAUGUCAAUAUAUUUCAAAUGCUUGGGAAAAAUAUCUGUUUCUAUAAAAUGGCUGGCCUUUUAGGAGCAUCUGCUGUUAUAUUAGGAGCUUAUGGUGCCCAUGUUGUUGCUCAUAAAGCUAAUCCAGAAGAAAUAAGAAAUUUUGAAACAGCAAAUCGGUAUCAUUUUUACCAUACUUUUGCAUUAUUUGGUGUACCAUUUUGUCGUUUUCCUAGAAUUACUGGGGCGCUCUUUAUCAGUGGAACUUUAAUAUUUUGUGGUACAUGUUACUACAACGGACUGACAGGAGAUAAAACAUUUAACAAAUAUACACCCACUGGGGGCAUGUUAUUAAUUGCUGCUUGGAUGUCAAUGAUUCUUUAGAAAAUUAAUGGUUUUAAGAUUUUUACCUGAAAUAUUAGUGAAUAUAAUAAGGAUUAUAUACUUUUGAUAAUAAGUUUUUCUAAUAUUGUUAAUAAUGAUUUAUCUGUAGGUGUAUGCCUUAUACUCUUAUUGUUUGUGUUUUAAUUUGAAACAAUGUGUUUAUAUAAAAUCAA